GGUUUGUGGGAUAUAUUUACAUUCGACACACGUGCUUGAUGUUUUGGUGUUGAUAUAGGAUGGGUUGGCCUCUGUAUACAGCGUGUGUGACGGUGUUGUUAGCUGUGGUAUUGAUGGUACUUCCUAACCCACCACUGACAGAUCGCGCCAGGUUAUGGAAGGAUAGAGGCAGUUUCUUCAAAUUUGGCAACCAUGAUAUAUUCUAUAUAGAUGAAAAAGGAAGAAAUCCAGACAAGGGAACUGUGUUGAUAUUCCAUGGAUUUCCUACUUCAAGCUUCGACUGGUAUAAGGUGUUGGAUGAUCUGAAGGAUGAGUUUGGUCAAGUUGUGAUGUACGAUCUCCUGGGCUUCGGGUUCAGUGACAAACCGUUGAGUCAUGCCUUUACGAUUUCGGAACAAACAGACAUUGGUGAGGCCUUGCUGCUAAAGCUUGGUGUCACCCAGGCCCAUAUCCUGUCACAUGACUACGGGGACACUGUGGCCCUGGAACUUCUUGCCAGGCACAACAAAGGUGACGGAAGGAUAAAUAUUCAGUCGCUUUGUCUCUCUAAUGGAGGUAUAUUUCCAGAGACAAACCACCCAAUGCCUAUACAGUGGAUAAUGAAGAACUCUGUGGUUGGGCCAGUGAUAUCAAAACUAUUCUACUUCAAAUUCAUCUUCAAAAUGAGGUUUAGAAAUGUAUUUGGAGUUCCUCCUUCAGACGAAGAGAUGGAUGACUUUUUUUCCAUAAAACUUCACAAAGAUGGAAAUCUGGCAGAUAGUCGCCUCCUCAACUACAUCAGUGAGCGGUCUAUGUACAGAGAUAGGUGGGUAGGUGCCCUGCAGACCACAAGAGUUCGAGUUCACAUGAUUUAUGGACCAGCCGAUGUGAUCAACCCACCAGCCUUCAUUCAGUUCUAUAAAAAUAAUGUUCCAAACCCAAGCAUAACAGUGUUGGAGUCGAAUGUUGGCCACUAUCCCCAAUUUGAAGCUCCAAAGGAUUUUGCCGUUGCAUAUAAAACAUUUCUAGCUUCACUGAAACAUUGAAUACAACUCGGGAUUGUUGUUAUUUAGUGUCACUUUAACAUAAGUAACAUGGUAAGGUUUGUUACUUUGUAAUACUUCAACAUUGACAGUAACUUGGUAGUGUUUGUUACUUUGUAACACUUCAACAUUGACAGUAACAUGGUAAGGUUUGUUACUUUGUAACACUUCAACAUUGACAGUAACUUGGUAAGGUUUGUUACACUUCAACAUUGACAGUAACUUUAGGAUGUUGUUACUUUGUAACACUUUAACAUUGACAGUAACUUGGUAAGGUUUGUUACUUUGUAAUACUUCAACAUUGACAGUAACUUGGUAGUGUUUUUACUUUGUAAUACUUCAACAUUUACAGUAACUUGGUAGUGUUGUUACUUUGUAAUACUUCAACAUUGACAGUAACUUGGUAAUGUUGUUACUUUGUAAUACUUCAACAUUGACAGUAACUUGCUAAGGUUUGUUACUUUGUAACACUCUAACAUUGACAGUAACUUUAGGAUGUUGUUACUUUGUAACACUUCAACAUUGACAGUAACUUUAGGAUGUUGUUACUUUGUAACACUUCAGCAUUGAUUGGAAUUAUCAUACAUUACACUAAGUAUCUAAUACUUCUGUAUUAAACAGUCAGAAAAUAACACUCUUUUAUCAUUUCAUUGCAUGAAAUGAAAUAUAAUAUGGCACUUUAGUUUGUUAUUUAUGAAACCUACAUACAAGUAGUGCACAAUUACACUUAACAUUAUGUUAAAACUCAUAUUUUAUUGCACACAUAUAUAUGUAUAUAUAUAUAUAUUUAAAAAAAAAAAUCAAUCUUAUUAUACUUUGUAGCAAACACUUCCAAAAUAAACAAAACAGAGUCAUAUUUAGUUAUUACUUUUUUCUAAAAAUUAAAUGCCAAGAUAAAUUACACCAAACCACACAAAAGCGUCAGAAAUAUUUUAGCACUGCUUAAAAAUGUGUAUCACAAUGUAAAAGAGUAACUAAUGUUACAUCAUUGGUCAAUGUUUGACUUAUUUAACAUUAAAAAGUAUGAAGCACAAACAUCUGAAUUAAAUAACAAGUUGUAGAAAGUACAUUGCUUUGCUACUAUGUAUUCAAAUUCAAAUUCAAAUCUCCUAUAGCUUACAUGAGAAAGACCUUGAUACUUUAAUGUCUAAGUGUUUAUAGUUACUGCCUCUUAUUGGCCAAUGAGUUACCUCCCCUUAUCAUGAUACUUCUCAUCAAACAUGCAACAGAUUAAAGUAAAAAUCACGAUAUUGAUGAUUUCAUUAAUUUAUUUUUUCAUCAUGAUUAUCCUGUUAUUUGUUACUUUUGUAAUAAAGAAUUUAAUUCUUUGUUCUUGUUCACAAAUUUUCUUACAAUAAUGUUAAUUAAAUUGAAAUAAAUAUUUUUGUAAUUAA